AUGGCCCCCGAAACCAAGACCAAGGCCGAAAUGAUGACGCGGGACGUCCACCAGGCAGCGGAAAAGGGCCAAGCCGCUACUGAUCAAUACGGCGAAGCCCUCGUCGCCUACGACCCCGUUGCCGAACGCAAGCUGCGGUUGAAAAUCGACCUCUUCAUCGUCCCAACCGUGUCGCUGCUCUAUCUCUUUUGCUUCAUCGACCGCUCCAACAUUGGCAAUGCCAAAAUCGCCGGCCUCGCAAGCGACCUCCACCUCCAGGGCAACGACUACAACGCCAUCAUCUCCAUCUUCUUCAUCUCCUACAUCGUCUUUGAGAUCCCCGCCACGCUGGCCUGCAAGGCCGUCGGCCCCGGCUGGUUCCUGCCCCUGACCACCAUCCUCUUCGGCGCCUGCUCCAUCGCCACGGCCUACGUCAACACCAUGAGCCAGGCCGCGGGCGUGCGCUUCCUGCUCGGCAUCUUCGAGGCCGGCAUGAUGCCCGGAACGGCGUACUACCUCUCCCGCUGGUACCGCCGCUCGGAGCUCGCCUUCCGCCUGUCGCUGUACAUUGUCAUGUCCCCCCUCGCCGGCGCCUUCGGGGGCCUCCUGGCCUCGGCCAUCCUCAAGCUCGACCACGUCGGCGGCGUGCGCUCCUGGCGCAUGAUCUUCGUCGUCGAGGGCAUCAUCACCAUCGGCCUCGGCAUCGUCGGCUUCUUCACCCUCACCGACCGCCCCGAGACCGCGCGCUGGCUGUCCCAGGCCGAAAGGGACCUCGCCGUCGCCCGCGUCAAGUCCGAGCGCGUCGGCGUCACCUCGUUCCUCGACAGCAUGGACAGCACCAAGAUCCGCCGCGGCAUCCUCAACCCCGUCACCCUCAGCACCGCCUUCAUCUUCCUCCUCAACAACAUCACCGUCCAGGGGCUCGCCUUCUUCGCGCCCACCAUCGUCGCCACCCUCUUCAGGGGCACCACCACCGUCCACCAGCAGCUGCUCACCGUGCCGCCCUACGUCGUCGGCGCCUUCUUCACAGUGUUUCUCCCGCUGCUCAGCUGGCGCCUCGACAGGCGGCAAAUCUUCAUCAUCGCCUCCGCCCCCAUGGUCAUGGUCGGAUACGCAAUGUUCCUCGGCACCACGGAGCCAAAGGUCCGCUACGGCGCGACCUUUCUCAUCGCCUCCUCGGCUUUCUCCUUUGGCGCCCUGACAAACGCUCAAGUUGCUGCAAACGUCGUUGGCGAUACUGCGCGCAGCGCGGCCAUUGCGACCAAUGUCAUGGCUGCGAACAUUGGGGGGCUGAUCAGCUCCUGGGCUUUCCUCCCGUUUGACGCCCCGAACUAUCACAUUGGAAACGGGCUCAACCUGGCUACGUCUGGGACCAUUCUGGUGUUGAGCACGGUGACGCUGUUGUGGAUGAAGCGCGACAACAAGAAGAGGGGGAGCAAGGAUGUUGAUGCUGAGUUGAGAGGCUUGACGCAGGAGCAGGUUGAGGCCUUGGACUGGAAGCAUCCGGCUUUCCAGUGGAGGUAUUAG